AUGCUAUCAUUUAAAAUUAUACCGUCAAGAGCUGUCUACAGACAAUGUCAAUCAAAAUCCAUUCAAAGAGUGUUGUUGUCAACUUCAAUCUCUAGAUCAAAUAAUGCUCAAGAAAUAGAGAAAGUUAAGCAUCUAUUGGAGACUAAAAUGUCAGAAAUUAGAGAUGCAGAAGCUAAAAGGCAAAUUGAAGACCAAAAACCAAAAUUAUCAGAUUUUUCAAGGCCAAUUGUUUCUACACUUAUAAUUGGUUCAAUUGCAUAUUUGAGUUUCCAUUGGGUUUGGUGGUAUUUGGAAAAAGAAGAACGUGAAAAAGAACUGAAAACUAAAGAGGAAGAAUUAGCUAAAAUCGCACCAGUUAGAGACUCUACAGAAGUAAACAAAAAAUCAUGGUUUAGAUUCUGGAGAUAA